AUGGAUAUCAUAAAUGGAGUUGAAAGGUUCGAAGAGGUAGAGGAUAUGAUUACCUUGCCAAACUUGACAGAGGAAUCAUUGUUGACCAAUCUAAAGAUUCGUUAUGCAAGAAGAGAGAUCUAUACAUACACUGGUUCGAUUUUGGUUGCAGUGAAUCCCUAUGAGAUUCUACCGAUCUACACACCAGAGAUCGUGAAAUCCUAUUUCUCAAAGCAGCGAGGUUCAUUGCCACCACACAUCUUUGCCAUUGCAGACGCCGCCUACUCCAACAUGUUGGAAGACCGCAAGAAUCAAUCGAUUAUCAUCUCUGGUGAGUCGGGUGCAGGUAAGACAGAGUCGACCAAGCUCAUUAUUCAGUACUUGGCAGCACGUACCAACAAACACAGUCAAGUGGAGCAGAUGAUUGUAGAGUCAUCACCUAUUCUCGAGGCAUUUGGUAAUGCCAAAACCGUUAGAAAUAAUAAUUCUUCUCGUUUUGGUAAAUUCAUUGAGAUUCAAUUUAACACCAGUGGUCAUAUUUGUGGUGCUAGAAUUAUAAAUUAUUUAUUGGAGAAAUCAAGAAUUUCGAGUCAAGCACAAUCAGAGAGAAACUAUCAUAUAUUUUAUCAAUUGUUGGCAGGUGCUUCCGAUGCUUUAAAGACAAAGUUGUCACUUGGUGAACCAGAGGAAUAUCAUUAUUUGAAUCAAAGUGGAUGUAUUAGAAUCGAUAGAAUCAACGAUGCAGAGGACUUUGAACAUGUUAGAUAUGCCAUGUCGGUACUCGGUCUACCAGAGGACAAACAAGAUACCAUUUUCGCAAUUCUCGCUGCAAUUCUCCACCUUGGUAAUCUUCAAUUCGAGAAAUAUGAAAAGACACCAGGUGCUGAAGGUUCAAGAGUAGUCAAUCAAGAUAUAUUAAAGAUUGUUGCAAAUCUAUUACAAUUGGAUCCAGUUAAAUUGGAAACAUGUCUUACUAUUAGACAUGUUUUGAUUAAAGGACAAAACUUUGUGAUUCCACUUAAAAUGAAUGAAGCAGAAGAUACAAGAGAUUCAUUCUCCAAAGCAUUAUAUGGAAAUGUAUUCAAUUGGUUGGUUACAUUUAUCAACUCUAGAAUUCACAAGCCACAACCAAACAGUACUUUCAUUGGUGUAUUGGAUAUCUUUGGUUUCGAAAACUUUAAAAAGAAUAGUUUUGAACAAUUUUGUAUCAAUUUUGCCAAUGAGAAAUUACAACAACAUUUCAAUCAACAUAUAUUUAAAUUGGAGCAAGAAGAAUAUGAAAAGGAAAAGAUUAAUUGGUCAAAGAUUACAUAUAAUGAUAAUCAAGAAUGUUUGGAUUUAAUUGAAAAGAGACCAUUGGGUAUUCUUUCGUUGUUGGAUGAAGAAUGCCGUUUCCCACAAGCAUCCGAUAAUACUUUGUUGGAAAAGUUGCAUGCCAACCACGAGAAGCACGCUUACUACGAGAAACCAAAGAGAUCCAAGACCACUUUUGUUGUGAAACACUAUGCUGGUGAAGUCAGUUACGACACCCAAGGAUUCUUGGACAAGAAUAAAGAUACUUUGUCGGACGAUCUCCUCCUGAUGCUCCAGCAGUGCAAGAACAAAUUCAUUGUCGAGUUGUUUGCUGUUGCCAAGGAAUCGAACGACGGUGACGACGACAAGGGUGCCACCAUGAAAAAGAAGACAACAGCAGGUAGCCAAUUCAAAGUGCAGCUUCAAUCGUUGGUCAAUACAUUGUCCUCGACAGCUCCUCACUACGUGCGUUGUGUCAAGCCAAAUUCAUUGAAGGAACCACUCACUUUUGACGAUGAACUCGUUCAAGCACAACUCAGAUACGCCGGUAUGAUGGAAACCAUUCGUAUUCGUAAGACUGGAUUCCCUAUUCGUCAUACCCACAAAGAAUUCCGUGACCGUUAUCUAUUGCUCGACAUUGCAGCGCGUGCCGCCGACCACAAAUCGACUUGCGCCAACUUGAUAUCGCGUGUCAACCCAUCGACUUUUGAGGGUAUUCUCUCAGACGAAUGGCAAUUGGGUCUUACCAAAGUGUUUAUUCGUGAUCCCCAAUACCGUAAGCUCGAGGAACAUCGUAAGCUGUAUCUUGUCAAACAUGUCACCAAGAUUCAAGCCACAUGGAGAAUGUUCCGUCUCAAAAAGAAAUUCAAGGCAAUUCGUGCAGUUUCUUUGGUUCUCCAAACAGCGAUUCGUUCUGCCAAUGCUCGUCGCGAGUUGAUAAAGACCAGACGUGCAGCAACAGUGAUUCAAAGUUUCUGGAAAAUGGUCAAAGCACGUCGUCAAUACCUCAAAACUCUCUCGGAUGUCAGAGAGUUGCAAUGUGGAGUACGUGCAUUCUUGGCGCGUAAAAAGGCACAUGAACAUUUCAAGACUAAACGUGAGCGUGCUCAACGUUUGGCAGAGAUUGCUGCCGCCGAGAAAACCGCAGCCGAGCGUCAACGUAUGGAAGCAGAGGAGCGCGAACGUCAAGCCAAGGAGGAUUCCGCAAAGGCUGAAUCAGAUCGUAAGCGUGUCGCCGAAGAGAAGAUCGCUCGUGAACAAGCAGAAAAAGUCAAGAAAGACGAAGAACAAGCCAAGAAAGCACAGGAGAAGAAAGAGCAAUUGGCCGAACUCAAACAACUCGACGAGAUUGCCAGUCUCCAGAGUAAGCUACAAGAACAACAGAGUCAACAAAUUGAGGAUUUGGAUAAUGUAUUCUCAAUGAUGGAUCAAUUCUCCUUCGAAGGUGGUGUCGGUGCUGAUGAUACUCUGCCAUACACUUACAAUGCCAAGAUGUAUGAGAUGUCAGCCGAUGCACUCGAGAAGAUUUCACUCACCGACUUGCUUCUCGGUUUGAAACAAACAGUUCAGACCGUCACAAAGAUGGAUGUAGACGAUUCUAAGUUCUCACUGCCAGCCGGCAUUGAGAAUGUACUCAAACGUCUGCCACCACCAACUCCCAACGCCAAACAGCCAUCGUCUCGUCCAGUCCCAGUUCCAGGUACCACUGGCGAUGCUGCUCCAAUCCCAAUGAGCAGUCUCAACGGCGAUUUGCCACCACCACCACCCAUCCCAGCAAGAGGAAACCGAUCGAAUACCAACGACGAAGAUGAAUUCCCACCACCUCCACCACCAAUGUUUGGAUUGCCACCACCUCCACCACCCAUGUUUGGUGAGUUCCCACCACCUCCACCACCAAUGUUUGGAGAAUUCCCACCACCUCCACCACCACCCGCUUCAUUGGCUGGCUUGUUUGUUCCAACUCUUGGUGCUCCACCACCUCCACCACCCAGCAGCGCUUCGGGUGCAUCCGGUUCGAACGACUCGGCAGCUGCCACUCCAGCAACCGCCACAGCUCAUACCACUGCUAAACAAUCCAAUUUGAAACCAUUGAUUUCCGACGAAGAGAUUUCAUUGUACUCUUUCUACGACUUUGCCAACAAGCAUUUCAACGCAGAGAAACACAAACAAAAGGAAGAUUUGUUCACCUACCAAAAGUCAUUCAUCAAAUCGUCGCUGCUUGCACACGAAUCCUCUGAAGUUGUCAAGGUGUCCGUAGAAAUCUUUGCCAAGAUUCAAAGCUAUUUGACCUCAAAGAAACAAUCGGAUUCAUCAGAGCACCACUUUGCACCAGUUAAAUAUAUUCUGGCUAAAGGAUUGGCAACUGAAUCGAUACGUGAUGAAAUCUACUGUCAACUCAUCAAGCAAUCGACUAAUACACCAACAUUGGAAAUGAGAUUGCGUGUCUGGGAGUUGAUUCACUUUGUCUGUGCUACCUUCGUUCCAACUAGAAAGUUUAUCAAGUAUGCCGUUUCCUACAUUAAGAACACAGCCAACACUGAGACAGCAGCCAAAUCCGUCAAAGAUACUGCCAGUGCUUGUUACACCAUUCUCCAACGUUUCAACCACACCAUCGUGCCAAGAAAGAUGGUUCCAUCGAUCACCGAGCUCGAAGCACUGCGUGAACUUCGUCCAAUCUUUGUGCGUAUCACAAUGAUGGACGGUAGUUUCAAGGGAUACUACAUCGACUCUGCAACAAGCUGCGCAGAAGCCAGUAACGAACUGGCUAUUCGUGCACAUCUUCGUCCAACCAACCACGGUUUCUCACUGGUGGAAUCUGUCAAUGGUAUCGAACGUGAUUUGUCUGCCGACGAUAAAGUCGCCGAUAUCUUAUCGCGUGUCGAGUCACUCCAGGCAACCAUGUCUGCCAAACUCAAUAUCAACUUUAAGAUUUACUUUAAGAAGAGAUUGUUCAUGGCUGUCGGUGAUAACAAUGCAACUGAAGUCGAGUCGGAUCUCAUUCUUCAACAGGUCUACAGUGAUCUUCUCAAUGGACAUUUCUUCAACAACAACGAGUUCCUCCUCUCUAUUGGUGCCAUGCGACUACAAAUGGAUUCCGGUGACAUCACUGAAGACAUUGUUUCGUGGUUGCCAGGAAAUGGACGUGGUAAAUACUACACUCCCGACGUUGAGAAACAUCACUUUGAGGAAUUCAUCAACAAGUAUCGUGCCAACAAAGGUCUCUCUCAAGAGGAUGCCAAGAAGAAAUUGAUUGAUUUGGUAUACCACCAUCCAUUGGCUAGUCGUUCACUAUUCAAAUGCGAACACAACUGCGACAUGGUUUCCUAUCCAAAGUCAUUCAUUCUUGCACUCAAUAUCACCGAUAUCGAAAUCUUUGAUUCCACUUCACUCAAGUCGUCGGCAACCAUCCGUUAUAGUGCAGUCAGUAUCAACAACAUCAAAGUCAAUCCAAACAACAAGUCGCUCACAAUGAACAUCGAGGGACGUGUCAACUUUGAAUUCCAAUGUUCUGAUGCCGCACGUGUUGUCGCUCUCAUCAAAGACUACGCCAUCUUGUUGCGUAACAGUGCCAAGUUUGCUCGUGCUCUUCGUGAUUACAAUGUCAACGACGACACUCUUCUCUCUUUCAAGAGAAACGAUAUCAUCACUAUCGUAAUGAAAGAUCAAGAUAACAAAUGGUACAUUGGUUCUCUCAAUGGAAGAGAAGGUUCAUUCCCAGUGGAUCAUGUUGAGAUUUUGUUGACCGAUCAACAACCAUCAGCUUCAUCAUCAUCGCCAGCAUCCGAUUCCGCUCCUACAUCACCAGCUGUCUCCUCACCAAUGAUGCCACCAAGAUCACUUCCAACUCCACCUCCAACAUCGGCAUCGUCAUCACCAUCAUCGGCAUCACCAUCACUCCCACCAAGAUCACUUCCAACUCCACCACCACCACCUCCAAUGUCCUCGACUCCACCACCACCACCAGUUACAACCUCCUCUGGAAGAUCACUACCACCUCCACCACCAGCUCCACCAGCUCCAACAACCUCCAAUGAAAACAGAAGAUCUCUACCAACUCCACCACCAAUGUUGUCAACUCCACCACCACCAAUGUUAUCAACACCACCAACAGUGUCAACACCACCAAUGUCCAUCGCAACACCACCACCUCCACCACCACCAUCGAAUCUCUCUUUAUCACCAGUUCUCAGCGCUCCACCACCUCCACCAACCAUGUCAACUCCACCACCAAUGCUCUCAACACCAUCGCCACCACCACCAAUGCUCUCAACUCCACCACCACCUCCACCAGCUCGUCUCUCAACCGAGCAACCAGCUACUCGUGGAGUAUCGACCGACAUGGACAAUCUCAGAGCAUCUUCACGUAUGUCUGUUGGACCAGCCAGUGAAGCAGAGACUGGAACUCUUGGUAACUGGGCACAAACCAAGUUUAGAACACUCAAGCGUAACUCAAUGGCACCAUCCGGUACCAUUAAGAAGAAGUCAGCACCAGCCGAUCCAAACGCUGUUCUCUAUUUUACCAAAGAUCCAAUCAAGGAGUCACUCUUGGAGUUGGCCGAUUCCAAACACUCAAAGAAGGCUUGUCAUCUCUUCCAAUUGGUAAUGAUCUACAUGGGAGACUAUCCACUUUCAAAGUCUGCCACCUACUCAUCGGUUGCCCAAGAAAUCAUUGAGACCGGUAUUCAAACUCCAGAGUUGCGCGAUGAAAUCUACUGUCAAGUCUACCGUCAGACCAACCGUAAUCCAAAACCAGAUUCAGUUCGUCGUGGAUUCGAAUUGCUACAAUUCCUCUCGAUCUCAUAUCCACCCACCGAGUCACUGCUCUCUGUCUUUGUUGAACAACUGAUGGCACGUCACAUCGCCGUGCAAUCAAGCAAUAACGUCCCAUUGUCACAAGCAAUCCAAUCGAUUAUAGAGAGAAUCGAAGCUCAUCCAGUUGGCUUACAACGUAAACACGGUCCAUCCACCAUUGAAAUUCAAUCACUCCGUAAUUUGGACGAAAUUCCAACUUGUAAGAUUCGCGCUCUCAGCCAAACAACCAUUGCCGUCAAACUCGAGAGUUACUCCACCGCCAAGGAGUUGGCAGGUGAAGCACUCACUCAAUUCGGUAUCUCCUCAGCGAUGUCCAAGAAUUUCGGACUCUACCAGAUGAACGAUAUGUUUGGUGUUUGUCGUCCACUCGGUGACAACGAUUUGAUCUACGAUGUGAUGACUUCGUGGGAGCAGCUGGCCGACAACGACAAACGUAUCAAUCCAGCCGAUUUCUACUUCCAAGUUCGUCGUAAAUACUAUUUGGAUGAUAUUGUCAAGAUUUUGGAUCAAGAACAUCUCUGGACAACCGAUGAAACCGCCUUUGAGUUGACAUUCCUUCAGAUCCGUGAGGAAUGGAUGCGUGGAAUGUAUUGGAUUAGCGAACGUGAUAUUUCAUAUGCCGCAUCGAUUCUCAUCCAACUCGCCUAUCCAAAUCAAUCGAAACUUCAAAUCUCCAACAAGGAUCUAUUGAAACAAGUGAUUCCAGACGUUCUCUUCCAAGGUCAGAAUAUCAAGUUCUGGUCAUCCAAUAUUGAAACUCAUAUUUUCGAGCUGGUAUCGCACACCCAGGAAUACUUGAAGCUACUAUUCCUCCAACAAAUGGGUAAGAGUGCACUCUUUGGAUGCACAUUGUUCAACGUAACCCAAAAGGAGAAUCCACCAAAGGCUAUCCUUGCAAUUGGCAAGAAGGGUGUAUCUAUUUUCGAUGCCACCUCGCCAAAGGAUGCCAAGAAUUUCUGGACCUACCAAAAUAUAUCGAAUUGGACCAUUUCAGAUAAUUCAUUCGUAAUCAUGACAGGAAAUCUUAUGAAACCAGUAAAGAAUUCAUUCGCAUCCAACGAAUUAACUGCUAUCUCUUCAGUUUAUCAAUUCUAUUCGAAUUAA